GAUUGUCAGUUUUGGUUUGGGGGGAGCUUUAGUCGAAUUUGGAUUUUGAAUGCAUUACGAAAUCACCGCCGAAUUGGACGGAAGCAAGAAAAAUGAAUUAUAUUCCGUGGCUUAUCAGCGCUGCUCUAUGGCUGUGGCUCUAACGUGCGACAGUUAUACGAUCAAGGAGGCGGGCUAUGCCUACCGGGACUUCUUCAUGGUUCACACGCUAGACAAUAACCAGGUCAAUAACAAUAAGCGCCUGCACUUGAAGUUCUAUGUCCUUACCAGCAUGGAUGCGCAUAUUUUGCUCUCGGUGACCAACAGACUGCGUCCCAAUGACCGCGUGUACGAGAUUGUGAUAGGAGCCGGCGGAAAUACCUUUUCCGCCAUCCGCACGGCCAUGGGCCUGCGACGUGUAUCCACGAAUCAAGAUCGGAAUUUAUUAUCUGUGUUCGAGCCGACGCCAAUAGAGAUUGUGCAAACCCAGGAUGCUGAGCUGUUUGUUUAUAUACCCGGAUUCAAAACGGAACCACUGCUACAGUUCAUGGACGCCUCGGCCCUGACGAUCAACUACAUAAGCUUCAGCUCCUUCGGUACUAACACUGCGCGCUGUUUCUACGACUGCUCCUUCGAUGGGUUCGACAAGGAAAUAUCGAAGAAGACGCCUGCGCUGUCAUGGGAGCAGAAACUGAUGGCGGAUCUCAUAUACCAGGGCGAGAAUGCGAGUGUUCCGGUGAACCUAACAUCGAUUGCGUUCCAUUUCCAAGCGCGUUCGAUCGCCUACGAGCAGGCCAAUGCUCUGCUCCGCACCCGAAUGCAUCUGAUGAUGCAUUGGCAGGAUAACAGUCUGCGUUGGAAUCCAGAGCGAUACGGACAACUGAAGUCUUUCGAGCAUCCCCGCCUGGAGAUCUGGACGCCGCAGCUCACAGUGCUGAAUGGAGCCAUGGACUCCCUGGGCGAGGCGCUUAAAACCUACGAGCUUCGUGUCUUUUCAGAUGGCAAUGUCACCCUGUACGCUAGCAACCUGGAGCUAUCCAGCUGGUGAGUGGACAGCGCACGCGAUUGGCCGAAGGAGCACAUCGCGUGCGACGUGGAGCUAGGCGUGCUCAGACAGCCAAGUCAGAGCAACAUAAUCGUAAAAUACGAAUGGACAAUCAUCGGCUUAUCAGUGCUUCAUCUGGGAAACGACUCGGCCAGUCGAUAUUCGGACCAGGGCAUGCUCCAUACGAUGGCGGGCGAUGUGGCCAUUGAGUUCAUGCUGCAGCGGAACAGCUCCUUCUAUAUGACGGUCUUCUAUAUGCCGCUGAUUGCCUGCGAGAUCUUCAUUAUCCUAUCGUUUGUGCUUCGCUCCACCCGACGUAGUGCUCUCAUACUCAUUGCCCUCCUCAUAAUUGCCUGGGGACUUAUGUACAUAACGCGCCACGCCUCUCCGCACUAUGAGCCCGCCUUAAGGUCAGACUACAAGAUCAUAAUGAUUGUCAGCUGCUAUUGCUAUAUCCUGCACAUCUGCAUCAUGUGGCUGGAGCGCUAUCCGCCAAGGAACAAGGCACCCGCAUUCCUUGCAUCCUUGAUCAAUUCGAACCUCCAGCGCUGUGUCCUAGGACUGCGCUAUGCGGAUUCGAACGCGAACUGCGACAUUCAGGAGAAACCCUGGUCCCACUUGGCCAAGAUCCUCAACAAUCUGAGCUUCAUUGGCGUCUGCAUUGCGUUCGCAGUGAUGAAUGUGACAAGCAGAGUUUGAAAAAUCGAAUGAAUUUCCUUUAUUUGCAGUGAGAGAGAUAUGUUAUUAAUGGGUUCUUAAUAAAUACGAAAUAUUCAGAGACA